CGCCGCCUACGCCGUCGUCGUCGAUAAAUUUCAGCAACUUUUCUCGCCUCGACGCCGGGGCCGCGACCUGCGCGCCGCCCGACGUCCCUGCCAGCCCUCGCGUCCGCUCCGCCGCGGUCCAGCAGCCACCCGCCCGCAGCGCCGAACUGAGACUCCCUUCGUGAAAUUUUAAUGCUGUUUUUGCGCCGACGAGGCCCGACAAAGUGCGAAAAGAGACGUGGCAAACUAGUGCUCGCGAACAAAAUCGCAAGCAAAUACUAGGAGAAAAGUGUUUCCCCUUGCAGGACUCGAUGACAUAUUUUGAAAAGCACCCCUGACUGUGUGUAAACAGUGUAUAAAUCCCCACACAAAAAUAUUUAGUGUACUUUUUUUAAAAAAAAAACAACUUGUGAACGAAUUGAGAAACCCGUAUACAUUUUGUGUCUAUAAACUAGUGAAUGUUACGCUGAAAUACAAAGCCAAAAUUAAACCUCGCCCCUAGCUACUCUCUCUCAAUCACAUUCACGUUUGACAUUGGCGGGCGUCGCGUGUUCUAAUCUACGUGACAGCGCGCCCUAGCGGCCUGUGUACAGCGGGGCCCCCUGUGGGUAGUGUGCGUGCGUGCGUGCGUGUGCAAGCUCAUCCCCUGGAGAGAGCGGUGUGUUCGCGAAGUGGCCCCGAGCCGCGCGGGUCGAGGCCGACCCCUCAGACAGGCUGUUUGCAUCGCGAGACGACGCCGCCGCCGCCGCCGCAGCCACCGCUCGCAGCUCAACUAACGAACUCCACUGGCGGCCGCUCGCCGCGCCCCCUAUGUUCCCUUGCGUCGAGGCGAAACUCUUCCCGUAAAGGCGAUCUUUCGACCGCUUGUUCGCGUCCCGCCCUGCCCUGCCCUGCCUCAAAAGUGCUUACGUCUUCGCUCCAACUCAGCCAGAAGUGGCCGCCGCAACUUUACCGGUGGAGGACUGUUGUCGCUGGAGAUUUUUCCGAGCGUUCGCAUCGGCCCGAACUGCGGAGGGCCACUGAAACGAUGUCACUUUACUUCUGGAACAAGGUCGUGUAAACAGCAGAAGCAUCAUCAGCAGCAAGGGUUGGCUACGCAUGUCCGUGUCUCCUGGAUCUGAGCAAAUGCAUCUGAUCAGCGACGGACUCGUCCGCCGUCGCGGAUCCGGGACGCGGGGGCGGGGCGAGGGCGGCGGCGAGGGCGGCACUGUGGCGCUCUGUGAGCGGGGGCGGGGCCACGGGGGCGCGGCCGCGAGGGCGGGGCGGCCCCGCCCCGCGAAAAACAAAGCGCCGCCAUGCAUCACGUGA